AUGAGCAAGAUCUCAAAGGAAACUGCCCAAACUCGAUCUGGGUCUCUGACAGGCUCUGAGAGAGCAAACAACCUGGUAUCAAUGGAAUUGGCAGAUUUGGAAUCCAUUCGGCGACAAAACGAAAACGUAUCUUGCUGCACCACUUGGGAAUCUUCCCUGGAAGCGAUACAGGAAUAUGUCCGAAUUGCCAAGCGUCAUCCACACAUCUGGAUUUCCACACUUUUAAGCAUCGUGCUUUUGUGUGGCAUUACCCUUCCACUCAUUGUCUAUAUUGCAAGCAAUCAGAACGGGAAAGAAGAAGAGCUGGCUUCUGAUCUUGCGAUCGAGACAGGAAGAUGGUUCUCGGAUCAACUUGACCGAGUCAUCCUUCCACUAUUUUCCCUUGCUCAGUUCGUUGGUGAGAUCCCAGAAUUCUAUGGUCUCGCGGACAGAAUCGGACCCGUUGGUGAGGAAGGAUCCCGUCCCUUGUUGCCUGAUCCAGAUCCCUUCUCUCUUCGAAACGUUUCCGGGAUAUGCGAUGAUCCCACUGUACUUGAAAGGUUCAAUAGGGUUGCUCAAACGCUCAAAGAGAACGCCAAGAUGGAAGGAGUCAUGGUUUCACUCCAACUUGUACCCUAUCAAGUCGUCUGUUACAGUUAUCCCCUCAACAAUACAGAAGAUUUUGAAGAAGGGGUAUUCCUGGACAAUACAGAAGCAAUCGGCCUGGAUUUGAUUUCCGAUCCUAACCGGAUUGCCUUUUCCAGAGGUGUGGUUCAGUCUGAAGAUGUCUACAUUGCGGGACCUCUUACAUUACGACAAUGCGCUGAGGGUGGGGAAUGCUACCCUGCCGUCGAGAAAGCUUUCAUCGCUUCUCUUCCAGUUCGGUCCAACAAUCACACUCUCCCUUUAGAUGGCAUGGGUUACAAUCUAUGGGGAUCUGUCGAGUCCAUCAUCAAUUGGCAGGCAUUGAUUGAUCGUAGUGAUAUCUUCUCGCGCUUCCAAGAACAAGGAAAAGGAUUCCAACUGACGCGGGACGAUGUUGUAACCAAUGUCGAAACGGGCGAGGAGACGAUCAGCGAGGUCCUCUUGGCCAAGACGGACGACUAUGAAGCUGACAGAUUUGACCAUAGUGUUUCCAUCACGCUGGACACUGUCGAUGAUCUAUGGGAAAUCACUAUCGUGUACAAAUCGGCUGCCGCCAGCUGGUUUGGUUGGGCGAUUGCAGCUGCAGUUGUGGUGUCGUUGGGGGUGUCCUUGCUUAUUUUUGCAAUUCUCGUGCAGAAGCAGAAGUUCCUUCAAAUGAAGACUCGCUACCUUGAAGAUGUGUCCCAGCCGCAGAAGCUUCGAAUGAGAAUGUUUGUGGACGACCAAGCAAAGAUCCGAGAUCUCACUCCAGCAAUGGAAAAGCAACUACUGAACCAUAAACCGAUUGCAGACUUCUAUCCUUCGACGACCGUUUUCUUUGCUGACAUUGUGGGAUUCUCAUCGUUCGCGUCUGAGCGUGAGCCUCGACAUGUUUUCAAGCUGCUUCAAACUGCCUUUUUUCAUUUUGAUAAGAUCGCUCGAAAACGCAACGUCUUCAAAGUCGACACACUGGGAGACAAGUACAUGGCAGUAACAGGACUUCCAGAUGCACAACCAGAUCAUGCUGAAAGAAUGGUCCGUUUUGCUCAAGAAUGCCAAAUGGCGUUUUUUCGAUUGACAAGGGAGCUGGAGAAAGAGCUCGGUCCUGCAACUGGCGGUCUAGAGAUACGAAUGGGGAUAUCCAGCGGACCCGUAACUGCUGGGGUCUUGUUUGGGGCAACUUCAAAGUUUCAUCUAUUUGGGCCAACUGUCAAACGUGCUUCGGAAUUGAACAAGACCAGUGCAGUCAACCGAAUCCAGUUCUGCCAGAAGACUGCGGACCUACUAGUCUCAGCCGGAAGGAAAAAAUGGAUAGAACCCCGCCGCGAUACACUGGGUGGUCCCCACAUUCAAGGAUACUAUCUUACUCGUAGAACAAAAGCGAAUGACGCGGACAAACAGGAGACAGAUUCGUCUUAUUGUUCGAAUCUAUCUAUUGGUUCAGUUGAUAACGGGUUAUGGGAUGAAGACGACGAAGAAGCGCUAGUGGUAGGGGAUGCUGAAGGAAGCGACAAGGAGAAUCGUUUGAUUGAAUGGCAGGCACAGUCGCUUCUUCGUCUUUUAGUACCUAUCCUGGCUUUUCGAGAUGGCAAAAAGGGUUCCACUGAUGAAGAUAUCACAACGUUCUAUCAACGUGAAACUGUCGUUCUGGACGAGGUCCAAGCCAUCAUUAGCCUUCCAGCAUUCGACAAGGCCAAGGCAAAGCGAGCACGGACCAAGCAGUCUUCUCUAACGAUACCAGACGUGGUAGAGGAACAGCUGAAAUCGUUGAUCAAAGAGAUCGCGGCAUUGUACCACAGUAAUCCAUUCCAUAACUUCGAACAUGCUUGUCACGUCGUUAUGGCAGCUCAUAAGCUGCUUGAGCGAGUUUCGACGCCCGAAAACGUCAACUACGAGACCAAAAACCUAAGCAAGGUUGCGAACGAUCUACAUGCCUAUACAUUCGGUAUUACGUCCGAUCCCCUCACGCAUUUCGCAGUUGUGUUCAGUGCGCUCAUCCACGACAUUGACCACCGAGGGGUAAGUAAUGGACAGCUAGCAAUAGAGAACCCAGAGCUGGCUGAGCGAUACAGGAACCAAAGCGUUGCAGAGCAGAACUCGGUGGACUUGGGAUGGGACCUCUUGAUGCAACCAAAGUAUAAAGAGCUACAGCAGUGCAUCUUUUGCAACCGUGUUGAAUUCCUGCGCUUCCGACAUUUGGUUGUCAACUGCGUCCUGGCAACCGACAUUUUCGAUCCAGAGCUGAAGGCGUUGCGCAACAUGAGAUGGGAAAGUGCCUUUCAUGAAGACGAUUCCAGCCAGACUGUAUCCUCCAACUCGAGUUCUUCCGGAAUUGGAAAUUCCACAAAGCUAGACAGCACCAAUCGAAAGGCGACGAUUGUCAUUGAACACAUCAUUCAGGCUUCUGAUGUCGCUCACACUAUGCAACACUGGGCGAUAUACCAAAAAUGGAACGAGAAGCUGUUUGAGGAGAUGUAUCAAGGAUGGAAGCAGGGACGGGUUGCAAAGAACCCUGCUCUUGGAUGGUACAAGGGGGAGCUAUGGUUUUUCAACAACUAUAUAAUUCCACUUGCGAGGAAGCUGGACGAGUGUGGUGUGUUUGGUGUAGCCAGUGACGAAGGUUUGUUCCACGCAAUGGAGAACAGGAGGCAGUGGGAAGUUGACGGUGAGAGGAUUGUGCAAGAGAUGAUCGAGCGGUGUACCGGAAUGGUUGAUGUCAAAAUGGGUGCCAUCCAAGAAGAGGGGGAAUAG